GGUUCACAUGCGUCACACGAACGAGGAAGAGAUGCCUGACGCGGUGUUAUCGCCCGGUCACGUGACCACGUCGCUCGAGGGGGGGAAAAUUUUAGCAUCAUGGCGGAGCGCAGGAGACACAAGAAGCGGAUUCAGGAGGUGAGCGAACCGACCAAGGAGGAGAAGGCAGUGGCCAAAUACCUGCGCUUUAACUGCCCCACCAAGUCCACUAACAUGAUGGGUCACCGAGUCGACUACUUCAUAGCCUCUAAAGCAGUGGACUGUCUGCUGGACUCUAAAUGGGCCAAGUCAAAGAAACCUGAAGAAGCUUUAUUCACCACCAGAGAGUCUGUGGUGGAUUACUGUAACAGGCUCCUGAAGAAGCAGUUCUUCCACAGGGCUCUGAAGGUGAUGAAGAAGAAACCGGAGAAAGACCCAAAGAAGGAGAAGGUGAAAGGCGACGGAGGCAAAGAGGAGGAGAAAAAGAGCAAGAAGGAGAAAGAGAAGGAGAAAGAGAAGGAGAAAGAGAAGGAGAAGAAAAAAGACACCGAGGCCACGGACACCAAGAAGGAGAAGAGUGAUGAAAGUCCAGGAUCUCCGAAGAAGAAGAAAGAGGUUAAGAAGAAGUUUAAACUGGAGCCUCAUGAGGAUCAGCUGUUUAUGGAUGGGAACGAGGUGUAUGUGUGGAUUUAUGACCCGGUUCAUUUUAAGACCUUUGCUAUGGGACUGGUGUUGGUGAUUGCGGUGAUAGCUGCGACACUGUUCCCCCUGUGGCCAGCGGAGAUGAGGGUUGGUGUGUAUUACCUGAGUGUGUGUGCAGGCUGCUUUGUCGCCAGCAUCCUCCUCCUCGCUGUCGCUCGUUGUAUUUUAUUCCUGAUUAUCUGGUUGGUCACUGGGGGGCGUCAUCACUUCUGGUUCCUGCCCAAUCUGACGGCGGAUGUGGGCUUCGUCGACUCGUUCCGUCCCGUUUACACACACGAGUACAAGGGCCCCAGGACGAGCGGCAAGAAGGGGGCGGGGGAGAAGUCCGAGGGCAAGGGCUCCAAGACACAGAAAUCGGACAGCGAGGACAAAUCGGACGGUGAGAAGAAAGAGGAAGAAGAAGAGGAAGUGGAGGAUGAAGAGGAAGAGGAGGUGGGGAAGGAGGCGGAGCGGCGCUCGGAUUCGGAUGGCGAUCGUAGAGAGGACGACGGCUCGCAGCACAGCAACGGAAACGACUUUGAGAUGAUCACACGCGAUGAGCUCGAGCAGCACACGGAGGAGGAGGAGGAGCAAGAGGAAGAAGAGGCGGAGCCUAAACCACACCAGACGUAAACUGUGUAAACGUUCAUGAGAUUCGCCCAUCACAUCGCACAUUGCGAUCUUCCACUACAGAAACACACAGGGGUCAACGGUCAACUACGCAAAGAGCCAGAACAUGGCUUCUGGUGGCCAUUUUGGAUUUAUUUUAUUUACUAGUUAAAGAAACACACACACACACUGUCUGUGUUUACUAGUUGUGUAAUUAGCAUAAACUCUUCCUGUGUGUGUGUGUGUUGAACAGGUGAUUUAACACACACACACACACACACACACACAGACAGGUACACUAUUUUGAUCAUCGUAGGCUGCUGUUUAGUUUGGACCAAUGUUUCUUAUUCUACCGUGUGAGUAUGUGUGUGUGUGUGUGUGUGUGUGGUAAAUGUCUGUCUCACACACGUGCAUCGUCUUUGAUCACGCGACAAAACAUAAUCAUCCAAGCCCCGCCCACAUUUCUAUUCCACACAGCCGUUUCUCAGCCAAGAGGAUUCCUCCUCGCGUCCUGUCGGUGGGAGUGGGCGUGGAAAGAGACCCUCGUUAGUGCCAAAUCUGCCAAAAACACUGGCUGUACUGGUUACCAUGACAACUGAUCCUCUGACUUCAUGUGGCUGUGUCCCAAACCGUACUUGAUAAUAAAGCGAGUUAUUCUCAUUAAAGAUGGAUGUGUGUGUGUCGGGCAUAGCCCCUUAUCCCACGGUUAGAGUCCUGUGUGGUGUGGUGGGCGUGGCCUGUCUGAUUAUUCACGUUCUGGUGAGAACAGUAGUGUACAUGGCUUCAUAAUCUAAGCGUACUGCAGGUAGGAGGUGGAGAGAGGUGGGACCACAGGUGCUGUAAGAAUCCCUCGAGACCAUGGGCUGGAUUUCUCGAUUCUCUACAGUGGCUCAGAGCUUAGGAAUCUGUCUGCAAAAUAGACGCUGUGCUUUGUCCUCGCUAAUAAUGUGUCAUUUGUAAGAAGUGUAGCUAUCAUUGUGUAGGUAUGAUCGGUGAUGAAACAUCUGGAAAUAGCCGGUCAUGUGACCUGGUGGGCGGUGAUUUGGGACACAGCCAAAACCGUGUGUUUUUUUUUGUUUGUUUUUUUUUUACGCGUCAAUAUUUAAAGAGAAAGUCCAGCUGUUAGCUUUUAUCUGUGUUAUAUGUGUUUAUCUGAAACUAUCAGCCAUCAGGUAGUGAACAAUUCUGAAUCUCUCACACACACACACACACACACACACACAGACACACACACACACGUGUGGUCUUCAUGUUCUGACUGGACGGUGUAGGGAAAUGGAAAUGGUAGAGUCCAUGAAAUUUUUCAGCACUUCUUACUGUUUGUCCUCGUCUCAUUUGCAUACUCAUUUGCAUAUUCAUGUUUUCCGUUGGCUCUGUGAUGUCCUCAUGCCCACGUGCCAGCGGGUGUUUCUUUUUUUAAUCAAUGUUUCCAGAUAGAUAUAAGCCUGAGUGUGGGCGUGUUGCGUGGUCAAGAUUAUAAUAAUUAUUAUACUGUAUUAAUACAUGCAGCCUUGCCUCAUCUUUCUAAAUGUGUACAAACUCAAAGAAAAAAAAUAAAUAAAAGCAAGCCCUG